ACCAGCCACCUGCGUAUUUUACCAGCAUUUGGCUGGUAGAUGGUGCUAAUUUUGAACCCUGCUGGCAAGUAUAGUAGAUUUGUGAUGUGAUAACAUUGAUGAAACAGGCGUUGUGCUCGCUGUUGUGACCCAGCAUAUAGCCUGAUAAUCCAGAGUUUACUUCUGCGUUGUUAAAGAGGCCAAGUAUUUCCCAUUCCAGCCUGUACUGUUAGAGGCUUAGUCAUAUUGUCCUGUCCUCCUUAACCUCAGCUGAUCAAUGUGCAGCAUAUGAUCGACCAUCAACCCCAAACCAAUAUAUAGUUAUGAAAUGAUAGCCUACAUAACUUGGUUGCUUUUGCAACAUAAAUGUAGGUUUUCAAAAAGUUUAAUAGUACAUUCAUCUUUCUCUACAUUCUAAAAACUACCUCACUUCCAUCAUUAUUCUAAAAGCCCAGAUAACUCUAAUCACCAUUUAGUGCCCCUUGCUUCCAUUUUCAAUUUAAUUAAUCAGUUGGAGAGAGUAUUAGGGGUGGGAGAAAAAAAUUGACACAGCAUAGUAUUGAAAUAUUUUCCAUGCCAAUACUGUAUCGAUACAUAGACACCAAGUAUAAAGUAGAAACAGAUGCUUGAGGACAUAAUAUGAAGUUAGAAAAAAUUUAAUAAGUUGUAAUUGUAACAUAUCGCAGAAUAUCGCAAUAUGUUUAAAAUCGCAAUAAUGUAUCGUGGGGCCUCUGGUGAUUUCCACCCCGAUAUGAUAGAUAUUCAAUAACUGUAAUUACAGCCAUUAAAUAUGUACUGUACUGUAAAUCAUGCCUUUGGAUAGCAUUUCAGGGAGAUUAUUGCUAAACAGGUUGCCUUAGCCAUGCUAGCGGCAUGGCUCCAGGGAUGGCUAUGUCGAUUGGUUUGGUCCAACAUUUUGGUCCAGACUGAAAUACGUCUACAGGAUUAAAUUUGGCAUUCAUGUGCCCCGGAGGAUUAUUCCUAACUACUUUGGUAAUCUUCAGACUUUUCCUCUAGUGCAACUAUAUGAGGAUCACAUUUGUGUAUUUUUUUUUUUUAGUGAAAUAUUUCAAAAACUGUUGGAUGGAUUGCAAAGAACUUUGGUCCAGAUGAAAUGUAAUAAACUUGUUGAUCCCCUGACUUAUAGUGGCAUCAUUGGGUCAUUUAGCAAAUGUUAGCAUGCUAUCACGCCAAACAAACACGGCAAACACUAUGCCUGUCAGCAUCAGCAUGUUAGCGUGUGAACGUUAGCAUUUAGCUUCAGGCACCGCUGUGGCUACAGCCUCACAGAGCCACUAGCAUGGCUGUAGACUCAUCCAUUCAUCUUUUGGCUCCAGUGUCCUGUAUAGCAUGUCUGUAGAUUAUUGUGAAGCUUCGUCUCACUCAUAUGGCGUAUAUCUAAAAGAAAAUGUAUGAGAUAAGAAUUCAAGAUAGAAUGCAAAAAAGGGGAAGAACAAGAGGAUGAAACAAGGAUUUUUCUCUGUGUCUUUGUGAGUUUCAAAAAAUGGAUCAUUUGAAGAAUUUGGACUAAAAAGUCUGCUUACAUAACUUCCCAUCAGCGCUCUGCGGAUGUGUCAUGGCUUUUUCUCAGUACUUGUCCAGCUUCCAAACAAACUAAUCCGGAAUCCUCCCUAUAAAUUUUCCACACAGAAACUUUCUAUCAUUACUUCACACCAGUUUAGAUGUACUGAUCAGGCAAGCUACAUUUUUUAUAUUGUCUAACAUUUUAAACCUUUGUCAUUUGACUUCUUCUUAAAUAUUGAAAAAAAGGCUACUGUUCUAUGAGGAUUUUUAUCCACCUUGUCCAAGGAAGAAGUAAAUGAUCUAAAUUAGCUAGAGGAAUGAAGUGAAAGGCAACUGCAGCAGUUCAGUUUGUUUGUUCUGUGUCCAGUGAGAAGCGUUUGAUUCAGUUAUGUGACUGACCAGUGCUAAUCAGUUUAAUCACUGCACCACUGGCCCGCCCACUUUGGCUGCAUCUCCCUCCAAGCAACAGCCCCAAACCCGUGCUGUGACGCUCAGGCACAAAUAGUGAUGUAAAUAACAAGCAAUUGGAAAAAUGAGGUGCACUUAAAGCUGAAAAUGAAUGAACAAAUGUGAUGUUUGACCGUGUUUGACACCAUGGUGGAGGGACACUUUUUGGUAUAACAAUAAAAACACUUUCAUCUCUACAAGAUGUCCGGCAGCUUGAGCUCUUCGGCCCAGAGCAAAAACCUGAUUAUGGCAAUGAUUUAUCAAAACGCUAUCUAAAUAUGAAGUACUUAAAAUGUCCUCUAAUUCACGAUCGAACGUGCAACUUUUAUUGGAGAAAGAAGUUGAUCGUAUUGAGCUUCUUUUUGGUUUUUAUCAAAUUCAAAGUCACAAUAAACUGCAUUUAAAUGUAAUGGAAUAAGAGUUUGUUCACAGCUGGCUCCAACACCCUUUACUUGAAAACAGCAUCUCACAUGGACCUGAAAUGGCCAGCAGGCCGUCUCCUCACAGCAAAGCUGAAUGCAGGCGUGCUGAGGUUUAGAGGGAUAAGCUCGAUCAAAUCCUUCCAGAUUGAUCUUUGACACGGUCUACCCAGUGGGCUGCACCGCCUCUCUCUGCCACGGCAGGUAAGGGGAGGGCGGCAGGCGGGGUAUUGGGAACAAGGACAAUUAUAGUCAGGCAGGGGGAGGAGAAGAACUGGAAAGAAGAGGGUGAGGGGGAUUAGAGGUGAAGAUAUAAAAGCACAGCACAAACAACAAGCUUCACAAACAGAAGACUAGAAGCAGAGAUCGGCGGUGGCCUAUUGGGAUAUCUGUGACAACAGAGACCCUCAGCAGAAAUGAACGCCAACCCCCCUGCAGGAAGCGCCCUCGCCCCUACUGCAACAACGGGCCCCACCACACCCAAGAAGGGACCACCCAAGUUCAAGCAGAGGCAGACCCGUACAUUCAAGAGCAAAGCCCCAAAGCCAGGCCAGAAGGGCUUUGGUGACGAUAUCCCCGGCAUGGAGGGUCUUGGCACAGACAUCACAGUGGUGUGCCCAUGGGAAGCCUUCGGCGACAUGGAGCUCAGCGACUUGGCCAAAUACGGCAUCAUCUAGCCUGCUGCCUUCGUCGCCUGCCUGCACCUCUCCUCUGUGUAAUCCUCUCCGCCCGGCCUUCUCUUCGUCCCGGCUCGGCGCGCCGUGAUAAGGCUGCCAGCAAAUCCCCCUAACGCCCUCUCGUCUAUCUACCUCAUGCUUCACUCCACUAAGUGGACGGAAAGCAUAAUAAUGUUAUUUUUAUAUUAUACGAUACUGUUUAUACUAUAUAUGCUUGAGAUGAGAAGACGAGAAAAAGAACUCCACGUACCUUAUUCCCUUACCUUUCAUCCAUCUAUAAUAGUCUUUUGCUGACUCCCACUCUCCCCCUCUCCCUCCUCCGGCACUCCUAACCCACGGCAAGCAAAACGCUAGUUAUGUAGUCAUAACUAGUGCCGGUAUUUGCUUCUAGCUGUCUAAUAAAAUGUAAAUAUUUUGUUCUCAGCGUUAAAACUUUUUGACCUUGUCUUCCAUCCUACCUUUUGUACUUCCUCCCGCUUUUAUUUUGCAUUUGUAUUUUCUACUCCUUGUGCGCAAGGUUACUGUGAACACCAAGGGAUGCAAGGAGAGCGUGCAAUAUAUAUAUAUAUAUAUAUAUAUAUAUGCUGUAAUGGUGAAAACUACAAUGCACUUUCACGUGAUCACGGAGGAUGAACUCCCUUUUAUCCCAUCUCUCUCUCUCUCCUUGCUGCUAUCUGAACCCAGGUCCUUCCUGAGAGAAAACAAAGGCAUAUAUAUUUAUGUAUGUUUUGUGUUGCAAGCACCACAGAUCACAUACUGUGAACUGGUACGUCCUGAU